GCGGAAGCUUGUGAGACCGAGCAUCUGGACAGCAGCACAGGUUUAAACUGCAGCUCUUAUAUCUGCUCACAUAGUUAUUUAAUUACACAAUGGAAACGAAAAAGAUUAUUAACUUUGGUUCAGGACCGGCGAAACUUCCUAAAGCUGUGGUCAACAGAAAUUGAAAGACUCCAUGCUUGCUAGCAACCAACGCCAACUUCUUCAGCUUCAGGACUUUUUUGUCCUGAAACCAACAUGAGUUGUUUGUGAGUGAAUGAGGCUGGAGUUCUUCGUACAGAGUUAUAACGCAUCUUAAUGAGGCUUCUUCUGCAAGCGGGGGCCUCAUGCAGUCUGCCAACAUGCUCAGUCCUGCGUCCUACUGACCUCCAGUCCGUCUCUAUAUGCACAAAACAUCAAAACAGUCUUAUGGUUUUGAUCCAGGCCCAGAAGGAACUGCUGGAUUACAAUGGGCUCGGGAUUAGUGUCCUUGAAAUGAGCCACCGGACAACAGAUUUUAACCAGAUCAUCACCUCAGCUGAGUCUCUCAUUCGUGAACUUCUAAAUGUACCAAAAAACUACAAGGUUUUGUUUAUGCAAGGUGGUGGAACAGGCCAGUUCAGUGCUGUUGCUCUGAAUCUGAUCGGUCUGAAGGAAGACAGAUGCGCUGAUUAUAUCGUAACAGGAACCUGGUCUGCAAGCGCUGCCAAAGAAGCCGAGAAGUACGGCAAAGUGAACGUGGUGAAUCCAAAACCGGACCGUUACACUGGGAUCCCUGACAGCAGCAGCUGGUCACUGAACCCUUCAGCGUCCUACGUCUACUUCUGCUGCAAUGAAACGGUCCAUGGUGUAGAGUUUAACUUCGUCCCCGACACCAAGGACGUGAUUCUCGUCAGUGACAUGUCGUCCAAUUUCCUCUCGCGACCAGUAGAUGUGUCAAAGUUUGGGCUGAUAUUUGCAGGUGCGCAGAAGAAUGUGGGAUGUGCAGGAGUCACUAUUGUGAUCGUAAGAGAGGAUCUGCUGGGAAAAGCUUUAAAAGAAUGUCCGACGAUCCUUGAUUAUAACGUGCAAGCUAAAAAUAAUUCCCUUUACAACACACCACCGACCUACAGCAUCUACAUUGGGAAACUGGUUCUGGAGUGGCUCAAGGAUAACGGCGGCACAGACGUCAUGUACCAACUGAACAAACAGAAAUCCUCAAUGAUCUAUGACAUCAUCAAUAACUCCAAUGGAUUUUACUCAUGCCCCGUCGACGUAUCAUGCCGGAGUCACAUUAACAUCCCGUUCCGUAUCGGAAACUUGGAAGGAGACGAAGACCUGGAACGACAGUUUCUGGAAGGUGCUUCCAAACUCGGGAUGAUCUCUUUAAAGGGACACAGGACUGUUGGUGGGAUAAGAGCUUCUCUGUACAAUGCAGUGACUGUGGAAGAAACUCAAGCUCUUGCCGCCUACAUGAAGGAGUUUCUAAACAAGCAUCAGCCUAUUAAAAUGGAUCACUAAACUACACGUCAUAUUUCUAACAACUUUUUUUUUGUAAUAAUGUGAUAAGUGUAUAGAGGUCACUUGUCUUUAUAGAAGGGCAUUUAUGUCUAAUAGAAUUAAAUAAUGUUCAUUAAUCUUUAAUUAAUACUUAUAAUACUUAUUAGUUUUGCUAGGUCACACUCCUGGUUAGGAACACGACAUCCAGUCAAAACUGUUUUGUCUAGUCAAAUAAUUAUGUUUUUUAACAAUUAAUAAGUAACUCAAUGCUGGGACUAAAAUGAAACCUGACCUCAUGUGGUUCUCGUAGAUAAACAAGGACAUGUAUGCAGUAGUCUGAAUGUAUACAAGCAAAACAUGGGAAUUAAAAUGAUUUUCAAGUA